AGUUUAAAUGAUUUUCUCGAUUUUCUCAAACUUUCCUGUCACGUUAACGAUAUGAUAACAAAAGUUGAAGGCAAGCCAUAUAAUCGGGAGCCCGUGCCGCCCGCCGAGAGUCUUGCUGGUGUCUUCGCUAAGCGAAAUUCAAAAAAAGAUGAAUUCGAUUUUAAUAGUUUGGCCGAAAAUGAGCUAGUUAACGGAUUGCUCGGUCUGAAGCGUCAGCAGCGACUUACGAGCAGUAGCAGCAAUAACAACAGCAGCCGGGAUGAGGCAAGUCGCACAAGCCUGCCGCUGUCGGAUCCCACGUCCUCGAUGCGCACCGGACACAUACAUACCGAUCGUGGCCUACAUCCAAAACUACGUGAGCAAUUGGACUAUGUCAUCAAUGAAGGUGUCCUGGACUCGGUGUUGUCUUUCAUAUGUCCAAUGCCUUUGCCCGUUGCCUUAACCUCCAAUGGCGGUCGGGGAAAAGUGAACAAAUUGCAGCCAUCGCAACCAUUGCAGUUAAUAAAGUCGGAUCCCAUACCAAGUCCAGUUAAUUUAACAACGCCCAGCUCGAGCUCGCCCAGCGUCCAUUCAUCCAGGGAAAGUCCAGCGGCUGAGAUCCAUACUGGAAAUAGCGUAGUGCGUGCAUCUGUAAAAGAGCCAACUGGCAAGGCAUCAACGAGUACAGGCACACGACGCAAAUCCUUGUUGCUGGUCAAGGACAGUAAACAUUCGCGUCAGGAUAAGAAGGAAUCAGAAGUCGUUAUACACGUAUGCGAUGAAGUGAAGAAUAUUUCGCGUGAUUUUACCUGUCCGCAGGGUCUGCUGGUAAGCAAGAUGGGUUACUUUGCGGAUGUUACGGCUGGGCAGCGCUUGGACGAGAUGGACAUAUCGGUACAUUGCGACAUACAGAUCUUUGACUGGCUGAUGCGUUGGAUCAAGAACAGUGCUCAGAGCCAGGAGCUUCCAGCACCGGGUCAAUGCAGCUCUUCUGGUCCCCAGCUGGAUGGCAACAAUGUUGUGCCCAUUCUGGUCUCAGCUAGUUUUCUGCAAAUGGAGCCACUGCUGCUGGAAUGCUUGUCCUUCUGUCACGCCCAUCUCAGCGAGGUGGUGCGCACUUCGACAAAUCUGUCGUGCCUUAAUGAUGCCUUGGUGACACGUUUGGCUGCUAUGUUUACCAAUCUAGAGCUGGAGAUGGUGCGUGAUAAGAAAGAACGUGUUACCCCCAGACUGUGGACAAAGCUAGUGCAAAGCUUGUGCGAACCGGAUCCGGAAGUACUGCGCGGGCAUUUCUAUAGCAUUUCUGGACUGUUUCGGUGCGUGCGCUGCUGUCGCUGUGUGACCAACACGAUGAAGUCCCACGUGAACUGUAUAUCCAGCAAUAUACGACUCAAUCGUUGGGGGCAGCUGAUCAGCAACCAUGUGCGCGACAACAACUGGGAUCUCAAUGUGUACGUGAUGCAGCUGUUCAAGGAGCUUAAGUCGUGGCGAAAAGUCUACUGGAAGUUGUGGGGCCAUUGCCAUUAUCUUUAUUGCUGCACGUGCGAGGCGCAUUUUCCGGUCUAUCAAAUGAGCUGGUGUCGCUAUCAUCCAGAACCGCCCCAUUUCCCCGAGGCCGAGGGGCGCAUUGCCGGACCAACUGGACGCUACGCCUGCUGCAAGCAGCAGGCAUUUCGCUACGAGACGUUACCAGGUCCAAAUGGCUGCCAGUUUCGCGAACACAGCGUCCUGGUGGACACAGAUCGGGAACGUGCAAUUCUAGCCAUUGCCCAGCUAGUUAGUGAGAACUAUGCGAUGUGCGAACAGCCACCGUUACAUUUGCAGGAGCUAGCCGCUGCGGGUGAAAUUGAUCCCAAUUGGAUGGGUAUCUCAUUGACGCCACAACGUUGUCGCCAGGGUCUGUUGCCGCAGCUCUGCAUGGACAUGACCAAUCAUCGUGUUAGUCGACGCUGCCCCUAUGAAAACGAGACCAGCUCCGAGUCAGACACUACCUCAACCAGUUCGGAGGAUACGCGCCUUCCGCGUGUUCGCAAUCGCAAUGCCCUGGUCGGUGAUGACUACUCCUCGAGCAGCGAUGGCUGCGAAUCGGAUCAUCGACCGCCGCCACGUAAAGCCCGCGGAAAAAAGAAACGGAAACGGGCGGCUGCUGUCUCUGGACGUUUCUGGUCGGGCGAGCUGUCGGCACGCAGCAAUCAGGAUCAUCAGCGUGACUUUGAGGAGAAGAUCAUGAAGCAGGUGACCAGCUACGUGACCAAGAAGACGGGCUCCGAUCAAUGUUUGACACACAAUGCCCAGCCACUGGGCGGCACUUAUAUGCGGCUGGAGACCGAGUGGAAGGAGAUGCUCAAGCAGCGUCACAGCAAUCACAAUUUCCAAACUGGUAAUGCUAGCAACAUGGGCACAGCUGCAGGUGGUGGUGGGGGAACUGCAACUCUGGGCAACAGCACUAGCAAUCAAAAUCUACACGCUGGGCUGGGCGCCACAGUUGGAAGCAUUUCCGGUGGCUCAACCGCUGGGCAGUUGUCCAAGCAAAAACACAAGUAGACUCCUAAAUCGAAUAGAAAAUAAAAUGUAGACAAUAUUAGCAGUAGGAAUUGUAGAAAAAUGUUUGUUUAACCUUCGAGGUUUACACUACGCAAAAAAGCAACAAAAUUUUACAAGUAGAAAAUACACGUAAACCAUAAACAAA